AUGGCGCCGAGGAGAGAUCCGACCACGCCGUCCACCGCCGCCCCGCGCGCGGUACUGCAGUCCAGCGGCUGGCAGGACGACCACCGCUACAGCUACGACGGCUACGACCCGGAGGUGCCCGUCAUGGACCCGCAGGGCGAGGAGCUGCUGCCGCGCCCCAGCCUGCUGGCCUUCCGGCCCUCGCGCAUGCUGCGCGUCUCGACGCAGCAGCACCAGAACGCCAUCUACAAGCAGCAGCUGCUGCGCGCCAUCGGCCGCCCCAGCGAUGACAGCAGCGGCCGCCCCACGGGCACGUCCGACAUGAGCGACGACGACUGGUACGAGCGCAGCGAGGCCGGCAGCUCCGACGCCGGCAGCACGUACGUGCCCUCGCCGGCGCGCAACCGCGACGCGCGCGCGGUCUCGACCGUGGACGAGGACGAGGAGAAGGAGAACUACGUCAACAACAGCAACCGCCUAAACCGCGCCGAGUCGCUGCUGGCCGUCAUGGCCAUGCCCGCGUCGGGCCCCAUCCCGCUGCUCGAGCGCAUGGACAGCGAGGACGACGACAACGACAUCGACACGAUCAUCUGCGACCCGACGCGUCUGCCGCGCACGCUCAUCGUGGACGAGGACGGCUUCACGCUCUCGCGCGAGAGCGUCAUGGUGCGCGCCGCCAACGUGCCGCGCGGCGGCGUCAUCAAGUCCGGGCUGCUCUUUAAGCAGGGCUUCGGCCUGCGCUCGGGCGGCUGGAAGGUGCGCUUCGUGGUGCUCACGAGCACCAAGAUGACCUUCUUCCGCGAGGAGCACGGCCGCAAGCGCGGCGAGAUCGACCUGGCCAAGUGCAGCGGCAAGAGCAUCGAGAUUAUGCCGCGCGACUCGGUGUUCGACGGCUCGUCGGCCACGAUGUGGCGCUUCGCCAUUCGCGGCAAGAAGGGCCGCGUGCUGCUCAGCGCGUACACGGAGAGCGAGAUGAAGGAGUGGCUCCGGUGUCUGCACGUGGCGCUGGCGGCGCAGGGCUCCGGCUUUGGCCGGUUCACGGAUUUCGUCGUGCCCAGCGGCACCUUUUUGGCCGAGAGGAGUGGCGGCCUGUUGCGGUCGUCGGGCCUCCAGUAAGGCAAAGCAUUGGGAAGACGAGUGUUAGAAGCAUGAGUGAGGGGAGGAAGGGGGAACGAGGCAAGUGAGUGAGUGAAUUGAGGCUGCCAGGCUCGAAAUGGGGCCUGGCAGACUCACGCGCAGGCGAGGCGAAGGAACCCGCGACCUGCUCGUGUGCGACCGGUUUGAGUGUUAAGACGCCGCCAUUGUAAUUUAUGUUGAGACCUCCGACGUCGCACUUCCGACUGCCUGCUUGCCAGCUACUCGUUGAACGAUCGAUCGAUCAAUCUAUCCCCGAAUUCUAUGAAACCUAAUUGAAACUUGAAAAGAGCUUGGGCUUGACGGCCGA